AUGGAUAAUAUCACCGCCCUCUGCACAACAACGUGUCAAGACUCGUUCAAGACAUGGCAGUCUGAUGUGGAAACGGCUUGUGCAAGUCAAACAGUUUUUCAGGGCGGCGUUAUCGUCGAGGCCAAAGCCUUAGCACUUUCUCUGACAUAUAAUGCCAAAAUCGCAUGCUUGCAAGACUCUGAAUCCAAUUGGUGCUUUUUCGAUUCGCAGUCGUGGCAGGGCAGUGACUUCAUGCGAUAUGACACGCUUAUGUGCGCCGAUGAGGCCAACAUGCCUGAUAUUUGCAAAGAAGAAGACUUCGAUAUCCAAUCAAUCAGUACUGACAUGCAGGCAAUGACCAAUCUCUAUAAUUCUUCGAUGUUCUGUAGUGAAUGCUUCCUAGAGCUAUAUCGGCUUCGGCUCCUGGAUCCCUGGCUGGCAUCGACCAACUUUACAGAUUAUCUUAUUGGACAAUUUGCUUCCAUCCAAAAGAACUGUUCCACAAGUUUGCCAUAUACGACAUCUUCUUCAACACUGUAUAUUGGCACACAGAUGACGGCAACAGCAACGACUACGGACUCUACCACAACCACCACCAGUACUGCCAAAUCUACAGCGGAUUGUCUAGGACAAAUAGUGCAGCCAAUAAAAAAUUGGCUUACAUGCGACGAUCUUUCUGACAGGAGAUGCGCGCAUGGCGACAGGAGACUACAAUUGCUUUUUCGAUACUCCUGUCUGCUUGCCCUUGCCAUGUCCGUUAUUCACAAUCUGGGGAUCUCCGAGCUGCUUGCCUCUAACACCACCAACAAUGUUUCUGAAUCCCAAUUUUUGGCAUGGAACUCGAACAUCCAAGGUAGUUGCGACGGAGUUUCCAAUGGUCAGCGCGUUUGUAUGCAAGCUCCUGGGGGUACAUGGAAAGCACCAUCAGUCACAAUUACAGCACCCACUGGUUCUGGCGUCUAUUAUACUACAGCAACACCAGCCUAUCCAACACAAAGCGGCACUACCGGAAGCUGCGGCAAGUUUUACCAGGUAAUUUCGGGUGACGACUGCGCUACACUGAAUCUCAAGUUCGGACUUAAUCUCACACAGCUGCAAAUCAUGAACACUUUCAUUGAUUCAAACUGUUCCAAUCUCUGGCUCAACUAUGAUAUAUGUGUAGCACCAGUCUCUGAGCCGAGUAUCUCGACUGAUGGGGCUUGUGGAGUGGGUGUGACUUGCAUUGAUAGUGCAUUUGGGAACUGUUGCUCGUCUACAGGAAAAUGCACAAAUGACUGUAGCUCUGCUGGAAAUAGCACUGUGAGCACCAACGGCCUUUGUGGGCCCGAUAAUAGCUAUAUGACUUGCCCGGGCUCUGAAUUUGGCGACUGCUGCAGUAUUUACGGAUACUGUGGCAAUGGAACUCAAUUCUGCGGCGCAGGAAACUGCUACGCCGGAGGUUGUGACACUGACAAUGGAGGUCCAUCAACAAGCGGCGAAUGUGGACCCCUAUUUGCUGGCAACAAAACCUGUACUGGAACGCAGUUUGGUAAAUGUUGUUCAGUCAACGGAUAUUGCGGUAGCAGUAAUGAUUACUGCAGCCCCCCUAAUUGUUACUCAGGGGCUUGUCUGACGACGGGAUAUCCUUCUACGAAUGGGGAGUGUGGCCCUAACUUUGCGAACAACAUGACAUGUGUUGGAUCACAGUUUGGUGAUUGUUGCUCUGCGGCUGGAUAUUGUGGCAGUACAAGUGAAUAUUGCUCUGUAUCAAAUUGUUAUAGUGGCUCUUGUGUUUUUUAG